AUGAAGCUGUUCUCCGCGUUUGUGCUCGCUGCGAAGGCUCAGGUUGAGGUUAAUCCAGACGCAUUUGCCGCAUUUGAAGGCCCCGGUGCAUUAGCUGCUUCCUUCCAAGCUUACGAAAACGACUACGAAAAUGCUGUCUACGGCUACUACGCCGACUACGACACCGACUACGGCGAGAAAGCUCGACCUCCAGCAAAGUGGUUCAACAAGCCAACCAAGCGGCCAAUCAAGAAGGUCACUCCAAAGCCCCGUCCAACCCGGCCUUCCCAAAACCAACAAAAGCAAACUCAACGGCCCAGUCGACCAAAUCAGCGGCCAACCCAGCGACCGACUCAGCGACCUAAAAAUCGACCAACUCAGCGGCCAAAAACUGAGGCUCCUCGAAAAACUCAGCGGCCAACCAAGAAACCAGUCACCCAAAAACCACGACCAAACGCUCAAAAACAACAGCAGCAGAAUAACAACAAGAACACUGGAAACAAGAACACAUACGAAGGACUUUACGCUCCAAACGAAGAGGUCAACUACACCAACAACAAUGGCAACGUGUAUUCUCAGCCUGAUGUGAACGAGUGCUACAAGGGAACUGACAACUGUCACUACAAUGCUCGAUGCGUUAAUACUGUCGGGUCAUUCCAGUGCAUUUGCAAGAAUGGCUACCAAGGCAACGGAGUUAACUGCACUCCGAAGGAUGUGAACGAAUGCGCUAAUGGAAGUCAUAACUGCGAUACAUACGCACAAUGCGUCAACACCGUGGGAAGCUAUGCGUGCACUUGCAAUAACGGCUACAACGGCAAUGGCUACACUUGCAAGCCUAACGAAGUCAACGAAUGUGCCACUGGUCAGCACAAUUGCCACGUCAACGCCUACUGCACUGACCUUCCCAACAAUUACGGUCAGUACAAGUGCACCUGCAACAACGGCUACCAAGACGACGUUGACGAGUGUGCCCUUGGAACUCACAACUGUGCGUCCAACGCCUCUUGUACCAACACUCAAACUGGUUUCAACUGCACUUGCCCAAGCGGAUGGACUGGCGAUGGAAUCACUUGCUAUGCUCCCAUGCAGACUUGUGGCGACUACAACCCUUGUGUCGGUGGCGCCACUUGCCAGGACACUAGCAAUGGUCCUCAGUGCAUGUGCGGCAAAGGUCUUAAAGGAAAUGGACGAAUGGCGCCAGGUGAUGGCGAUCGAGCUAAACCUGAUUGGGCGUCGACUUAUGAUGCUUCUACUGGCACGAUUAGCACUGGCAAUGCCCCAGCUGGUUCAGCUACAUACCCAAGCUCCAGUUACCCAGCUUCCUCUGGAUCAUCCGGUUCCAACUACCCAUCUUCAUCUUCUGGAUCAAGCUAUUCAAACUCCGGAUCAUCUGGAUCAUCAACUUACCCUUCUUCAAGCGGAACCUACACUGGAUCAUCAGGCAACAAUUAUCAAGCAGCUACCUACAGUGAUGCCGGAAAUGGCUGUGGCGAUAUCGACGAGUGCGCCCCUUGCAACUCUGCUAAUUCCUACGCCGGCGGCUGUCCUUGCUCCGAGCCAAUGCCUGUUUGUACCAACACUGUUGGCUCUUAUUACUGCAGCAGCAUGGCUGGCUACGGUGAUCCCCACUUCCGAGUUACAUCUCCUGGCGAGACUCCCGUCUGUCUCGAUGUGAAUGCUGUCUCUGGAUCGAUCAUCGAUCUCAUCAGUGAUGCGAGCUCAAACUUGGAAUUGAACGGUCUUUUCAAAAACGUCCAGAAGGGCAAGAAGCAAUUCCUCACUGCCAUUGGCUACACCAGUCCUCAAGGAACCCAAAUGGCUCUUACUCGAGACACUCUCGAAGUCUACGAAAAUGGCAAAUUGCUGAUCAAAUACAAUCCAUCCGAGGACACCGUUGAUGAGUACUUUUACGAUGUUCAUCUCAAAAUGAAGCCCGCUGACCACGAGCACCACCGAAACAGACACAAUGUCGAGAUCGUUCAGCAAGAUGGUUUCCGAUUCCGACUUACUGUCAAGCCGGGAGUUGGAAGCUUGGGAAUCGAGUUGGAAGAUGUUUUCGGAAUCAAAAAUCCAGAAGGUCUUAUGGGUCAGUUCUUGAACGAAGGCUCUUACACCAUCGACAACGAAGGAACAAUUUCGACAAAAUCUGGUCAAAUUGAGUCCGAAGCUCAUGCAUGGCACGAGGGCGACAAAUGCUUCCAGAUUGAAGAGCGCUCCGUCGAAACCUUCUUGGGACAGCCGAUUUCGAACUACUACGUCGAAAACCUUUUCGCUGAAAUGUUUUACAAGGGUGCUGCUCUUCUUGAAGAUACUGUUGAAAAAUAA